UUUGCAGCGCCACCUGACUUCAGCUGCUGAAGAACGCCAUUUUCCUUCAAGAAUUGAUUACGGUUGAUAUCUUAAUCCGAAAGCAUCUUCCCCAGUUUUGACUCAUCUGGUUAUUGCAACCAUGAGUCAGGGAAUUCCAUAUUUAGGGAGUAAAAUAAGUUUAAUUUCGAAAGCGGAAAUUCGUUAUGAGGGUAUUUUAUACACUAUCGAUCCAAAUGAAUCGACCGUUGCACUUGCAAAAGUGAGAUCAUUUGGUACUGAAGAUAGACCAACAGAUCGUCCUGUCCCACCAAGAGAUGAAAUUUUUGAAUACAUCAUCUUCCGUGGUAGUGAUAUUAAAGAUCUACAUGUCUGUGAACCUCCAAAACAGCAAUCUAAUCAAGGAUUGCCAGUUGAUCCAGCAAUAGUCAAGUCUUCACAGCCAAAUGCAACACCAAGUGCAAUGUGCCAGCAUGCUGGAUUUAAUGCUGCCCCAACAUUUCAACCAUUUAGUGGACCAACGAUGUACAAUCAAUAUGGUCAGACGUCCGCCCCUGCAAAUCCUGCCUAUAAUAUACAGCAAGUUGCUUCUCAGUCAGGUUCCAGGGGCUCAUCCCCUAGUCUUAAUCGUAUAUCACCAACUAUGGACCAAGGUGUACAAGUUGGGUCACAGCUCUCAAGAAAACCGGGUUCUCGAGGUGGAACACCUCCACUUGGUAGGAAGUCUCCCACAUCAGAUACCGGUACUCAAGUUCCCACUCCCCAUUCUAAUAAAUCCAAUCAAUCUAAUCAACAUCGUUCUGAACAUAAGGCAUCUGGUUACAACGAACAACGCAAUGAAUACAGAGAGCGUAAAGCUCCAAAUCAGCAAGUUAGAUCAAAUAAUUCAUAUGUACGAGGUAGAGGAAAUAAUAGAGGUGCUCCUGUUCGUGGAAGUCCCAAUGUUCGUGGUGGUCCAAGAGCUUCAUGGAGGGGUCCACCCCGUGGAGGUGGAAGACCAACUUCUAAUGGUGCCAAAACCGAACCCCUCAAAUUUGAAUCAGAGUUUGAUUUUGAAACCUCAAAUGCACAAUUUGAUAAAGAAAAGAUAGAAGAGGAAUUGAAACAAAAACUUACAAUAAGUGAUAAGCCUAUAAAUGGGGAAAAGGAAGAAGGUGAAGAACCUAGCGAACAAUUACAACCACCACCAGAAGAGGAUGACGAUGAAAUAUAUUAUGAUAAAAACAAAUCAUUUUUUGACAAUAUCAGUUGUGAAGCAAAAGAGAGAGCCGAAGGGUUAGUAUUAAAAUGA